CUAUAUAAACGUCAAUAAUAUUUUUGAGAAACAGUUCAAAGCGAUAAUUCGAGAAGAUAGCAUCAACAUGAAAUUCCUUCUGAUCCUGGCCAGUGUGGUCCUCUAUGUGGCCCUCAGCUCUGCUCAGUCUUGCCCAGGACGUCCAUCCCAUCAGAACUGCUUACACGGGAAGGACGAAGGAGUUGAACGCGCAAGGCAUUGUAAUAGGGAUCCCAAUCCACAGAUGUGGUACUACAACCAACGUGAAAAUAGGUGCAUCAAGAUGAGGUACCUCGGCUGUAAGGGCAACCGCAAUCGUUAUUGCACAUUGAACGAGUGUCAAAGGAAAUGCGUUCGACGAUCAUGAGGAGUGAAUCCAUUUCAAUUCCCCAAAUGACGUGAUGAAUAUAAAAAAUAAAAUAUAAUAACUUGCGCGAAUCGAAUGAAAUUCUUGAUUGUUUUAAAUGAUAGAUUGAGAAAGUCUAGUUUAGGUUUAGCUUUUUUAUUUAGUGUUCAAGGUAUUAUUGGAAAUUUCUUUAAUUUGCGCAUGUUCAGCCUCCAAACCUCAAAAAAUUUCUGUGCAAACCAAAUGAAUUGAAAUACCAGACACUUGUGUAAUCUCUUGCAGCCCAUCGUGCUGCACCUAAAUUAAUCAGCACACCAACAGUCGAAAUAAAAGCAAUUACAAGGAAAAA